UAAAGAUCAGACUGUUAGGUAUGAACUGUUGAAGCUUGGCUUUCAUUAAAGAUGGAACUUUGUGAUAGCAUCAAAGAGGAACAACAAAUAAACAUGAAGCACAUAUCUACUGUCAAAUAAAAUCAAUCAAUACAAAUACAUAUUAAAAUGGCUGAAGAACAAAAUGGACUAGCUCUAGUAGAAGAAAUCUGCAAUAACUAUGUUGUACCAAUUAUCUGUGGCGUGGGAAUUGUCGGCAACUUGUUGAAUCUAAUGGUCCUAGGAAGGAAAACUCUAAACGACUCCCCCUAUUGUUACUUAACCGGAUUAGCCGUAUCAGACCUUAUCACAUUAGCAUUAACAGUCAUCUUCUCGCUAGUUUCACAGAAAUAUGGAAUUGGAAACUAUGAUUGGAGGAUAUUUGAUGCAAAGGUGUAUUACCCCCUGGCAAAUGUCACCACCACAGCCAGCAUCUGGCUUACUGUCGCUCUCACCAUUGAACGAUUUAUCUUCGUCAAAUACCCAAUCACAUCUAAACGAGUGUGCACCAAGAAGACAGCUCGGCACAUCAUAGCGCUUGUAUACUUCGCUGCAUUGGUGAUAAACAUCCCGCUAUGGUUCUGCCUGGAUGCUCAACUCGUGAGUAAAAAUGAAACAGAUGUAUACAUUCUUGCUCCAACUGAGUUUGAGAAAAGUAACUUAUACUAUGGAAUCACAUGGAUAUCCAUAUCAGUGACCCAACUCAUUCCAAUACUCAUUCUGGCAAGCUUGAACUUAUGCCUUGUCAGUUCUGUAUGGGCGAUACAUAAGAGAAAACAACAAAGAUUCCGCUCAUCCGUAAACCAGGACCCAAGAGCUAAUCAGGAUCAGAUUAGGCUCACCAUCACUCUUAUCAGCAUUGUCGUUCUGUUUCUCAUUUGCUUCACUCCCUCCAUCUUUCUUAACAAGCACAUCGCACAUGGACUUUUUGGUGAAGGACGCACGUAUACCGACUUCUACUAUUCAAAGCCAUACAGACUGUGUAAACUAAUAUCAAACAUGCUGGUGACAUGUAAUCUAGCUUUGAACUUUGUAUUCUACUGCGUGUUUAACAGGAGGUUUGUUCGUGCUAUGACAGAAAUGUUCACGGAAUGGGCAACAUUUACAAGUCAGUGCUGUCUCUCAAAGGCAAUAUCAAAUUAUUGCCCAUGCUGCUUACACUACAAUCAACAAAAUGAUCAUACUGCCAUAGCAACAUGUGACAUGGACACAAAGUGGAUAAAAGAGCCAAGCAGAUCCAGAAUUGCUAAUGGAAAUCACUCACAGAUUGGUUCAUCGAAAGUCUGAAAGAGAUGAAUGAACGAUCUUGACUUAUUUUCAUAUGUAUGAAAACAGUGAUCAGCUCAUUAUUAUUUAAAAUCCAAAUGAAUGAAUACUGAAACACAUUGUACAAAAAGGUAUUUUAAAUACACAAGGUCAGCAAAAAAGAUUGCAACUGAUCGAUUAUAUAAAAAAAACAUUCAAUAGAAGGUAGGUUGCAUUUUUUUGCUCACUCUGUAGAUAUCCCUUUUAUGGAAUACAUACUUAGACCUGAGGAUGCCUUUUAGCACAGUGCAUCUCAGUAUAGUGUACAGAUCCCUGAGAAUAUACCUCACUGAAUCUCGAUGGUUGAAAAUUACAUGUUUUCAUAUAUAAAAUAUAUAUCAAUUUAAUAUAUUUAGUGUAUAUACCACUCAAUUGUAAAUAUUCAAAUCCAGACUUAACAGAAAAGUUCAUCAGAUAGCUCAAGAUUUAAAAGGGUGUUUUUAUGAGGAAUAUUUUUCCUUUUGAAUUAAAAUCACUGAUUUUUAGCUGUUCGAGUUUUAUAUUUUUGUAUCAGUUACAACAGUCUGAUGAAUAGCUAUCAGAGAAUAGGCCGACUCUAGCCUUAAGUAUAUUUUAUGGGCUGUGGAACAGACUGUAAUUUAGAUCUUGAGCUAUCUGGGUUAGCGAACAUGAAGACAAACAGCACCAGCGGGGACUGGUAGGAAAUUACUGUAGAUAUAAAAUUGUAAAAAGCUUUCAUUCCUAUUCCAAUAGUAAGAAAAUGUAUAACAUGACAAUCAAUCAUAGUAUUA